AUGGCCACCCAUCUCGCCGCCGUCUCCUCGGCCAAAGGCCAGCCUUUUGAGCUCCAAACCCGCCCCACCCCAAAGCCAGGACCAGACGAGCUCCUCAUCGCUGUCAAAUCUGUAGCCCUCAACCCGGCAGACGCCAUCAUGCGUGACCAAGGCCUUUUCAUCCCCAGGUACCCCACGGUCAUUGGUUUCGACAUGUCGGGAUUAGUCCUCGAAGUUGGGGAUAACGUCCCUAUUGAUACCGAUCUGGCCACCUUCUUCCGACCGGGUAUCACCCGCGUCGCCGCCUACGCCGCCUCUUUCUGGAAGUCUUGCGAUCCAGACUACGGACCAUUUCAGGAGCGGUGCCUCGUUCCCUGGCAACAUGCUGUGCCCCUUCCAGACGAGGGCAUAUCUUGGAACCAUGCAGCAACCUUGCCCGUCGCCGUCGAGGUACCCCUCAACGCGUGGGAUAUGAUGGGGAUCCCACGAGUGGGAGAAGCCACUGCUUCUGUUCCCACCGCUGCUGAUUCUAUCACUCUUUUAAUCUGGGGUGCCUCCUCUAGCGUCGGCACCAUGGGCGUGCAAACAGCCCGGCUGCUGCGAGAAGAUCCCAACUCUUCUUUCGCAGCCGUGUACGCCACGGCUGGAUCGGCGAAUAAGAAUUAUGUGGAUUCACUAGGUGCGGACCGCGUGUUCGAUUAUAAAGACUCACAAGUUGUGGAUGCGAUCGUUUCGGCGGCCAAGGAGGAUGGGUUAGUGAUCCGUCAUUGUUUUCUUGCUACCGGGCAGCUGGCGCCAUGUCUGGCUGUGCUUAAGGAAUUCGUUGGAGAAGACCAAGAAGGGAAUAAGGCGAAGACGGCGAAGAUCGGGUCGGCGCCCGUGGUUCCUCCGAAUGCGGAGGUCGUAGACGGGGUGGAGACGAUAUUUGUGAUGCCGUCGACGGUCGAAGGGGAGAGGCUGGAGCAAUUUCGAUACUGCAUGGGGACGUGGCUGAGGGAGAACCUGGCCAAGGGGACCAUCAGGCCGAGUCCGGAGCCGAGCGUCGUGGGAAAAGGGUUGGGGGCUAUCAAUGCCGGCUUGAACAAACUGCUCUUGGGAGUGAGUUGUACGAAGUUGAUUAUUGAGAUUGCGGAAUGA